AUGUCCGGUAACGGUACCACCGGUAACACUACCACCGGUAACACUACCGCCGUGCCCACACUGCCAGCAGUAACCCUGCCCGGUGUGACGCUUCCGGGACUGGGCGGUUCGUUAGUCUCCGUCUCGCUUCAAGCAAAUCUGGAGCUGCUGAACGGGCUACUGCCCGCACUGCUUACACUGCUACCACUGUUGCUACCAUUGCUUCCGGCUCUCCUCGGGGCACUGCCAUUGCUCGGCUUGCCCGCCAAUCUGGUAAACAUUGUGGGCGACCUGCAGGCCAAUCUGGGCGUUCUUGGCGGUGUGCUGCCGACGGUGGCUAACGUUAUGGUUGAUCUUCAGGCAAGCUUGGGCGGUCUGGACAGUGUGUUACAGACGGUGCUAGGGUUGGUUCAAGCGUUGCUCGAACUCGCCCGUAUCGACACCAUCAAGCGAAGUAACGCUUCGGCGGAUGUGCUACUAACGAUAGUGCUGCCCUUCAACGUUACCGUCCAGUCGGUGCACCGGCAGCUCAGCGAACGCAUCGGCAUAGUGCUGCGCGACAACGUGCUGGACGGCGUGGACCUAGACUACGACAUUGCACUGCUCGACCACUACGAGCAGCAUCGGUACGGACAGUUUCUGCGCCAGCUGCGCACGGCACUGAGCGACAAGUAUCGCAUCAGCACCACGAUCGGGUGCCAUACGCUGGGCAGCUCGAAAGCGCUACUAACCGCGUUCAACGACCAGCUCGAUCUGGUGAGCGUGGUCGGCGUGAACAUGCUGGAGGACGAGCUGCUAAACCGUAGCGCCGAAGAGUUCCUGGUGCGUGAGUACGAAGCCGAGUACAUCGAGCGGCUGGUCAGCGGUGGGCUGCGGCCGGAAAAGAUUGUACUCAGCGUGCUGACCGUGGGCGUUGUGUUUAAUCCGGGAAGCUAUCGGGCGGUGCGAUCACUACACCGCAGCCUACAGGUUGGUGUGCUAGCGUACGGGCAGGUGUGUGAGCUGUUGCGCGAAAGGCAGGCAAAGUGUGGCGAUGGCAGCAAGCGUCCCACGUGCUCACUGUUCGCUGGCAGAGCGGCCGUCGUGUACGAUAGUGAGACGACGGUACGGUUACGUACGGAGCAGGCCCACAGACUCGCGGCACGGGGCGUGCUGAUACUGCCGAACUAUGACGACACGGAAAACAGGUGCGGAGCGGGUCCGUUUCCACUGUUUCGGAGCUUAAUGGAGGGUGUGAAGGAAUGGACAGCAUCGGAGAGCAGUGUGCUUGUUUGUGAUGGAAAGCAACGGUACGGGGAUGCUGCCGAUCGACUCGUAUACUACACAUUCUACAAUGGAAGGUAA